UUGUCGUAUAUUUAUAUCCAUAGAAAGUCAAACAAAUAUUAAAACCCUUUUUAAAAUAGAUGACGUGGCAAGUUGAGGAGUUUUAAUAAAAAGAGGCACCGCGCGCAUGUCUUUUCGAUUUGUAUUUACUUUUUUCUCCUAAAAAUGGCCGGCGAAGACUCUUCCGAUUCCAUCAUCGUCAACGUCGACGGAGACGACAACAAAUCAGCGCUGUUCGGAAAAUACGACCUCGGAAAGCUUCUCGGCAGCGGCGCGUUCGCCAAAGUCUACCAAGCGGAGGAUCUCCACAACGACCGCGAGAGCGUCGCGAUCAAAGUCGUCCAGAAGAAGCGUCUGAAAGACGGACUCACGGCGCACGUCAAGAGAGAGAUCUCCGUCAUGCGCCGCCUCCGCCACCCUCACAUCGUCCUCCUCUCCGAAGUCCUCGCCACCAAGACGAAGAUCUACUUCGUCAUGGAGCUCGCCAAGGGCGGCGAGCUGUUCUCCAGAGUCUCCAGCAACCGUUUCACCGAAGGUCUCAGCCGGAAAUAUUUCCGGCAAUUGAUCUCCGCCGUGAGGUACUGCCACGCGAGGGGAGUCUACCACCGCGAUCUCAAGCCGGAGAAUCUCCUCCUCGACGAGAAUCGGGAUCUGAAGGUUUCCGAUUUUGGUCUAAGCGCGAUGAAGGAGCAGAUCAAAUCCGACGGGAUGCUGCAUACUCUCUGUGGGACCCCUGCUUACGUGGCACCCGAGCUUUUAACGAAGAAAGGAUACGAUGGAUCGAAAGCGGAUAUUUGGUCAUGCGGCGUCGUUUUGUUUCUUCUAAACGCGGGCUACUUGCCGUUUCGAGAUUCAAAUAUCUCGGGACUGUACAGGAGAAUCCGAAACGCUCAGUACACCAUGCCGGAGUGGACUUCCCCGGAGCUACGGAACCUUCUCCGUAAUCUGUUGGAGCCGAGUCCGGAGAGACGGAUCACCGUCGAUGAGAUUUUGAACGAUCCGUGGUUCAACCACGGAGUAGAUCCGAGUGAGAUCGUGGGGAUCCAAGUCGAUGACUACGAUCUAGAGGAAAGCGGGAAGAAGCUAAACGCGUUCGAGUUGAUCGCGUCGGCGUCGACUGCGAAUCUCGCAGGUUUGUUCGGAAACUUCGUGACGCCGGAUCACUGCGAUCAGUUCGUCUCCGAUGAAACUCCGGCGGAGAUUAUGGGGAAGGUGGUGGCUGUUGCGAAGCAGUUGAAUCUGAGGAUCGCGAAGAAGAAGGAGAGAGCGGUGAAGCUGGAAGGGUCGCAGGGAGUGGCGAACAUCGUUGUGAAAAUCCGGAGAUUGACGGAUGAGUUGGUGAUGGUGGAGAUGAAGAACAAGCAAAGAGACGUGGGCUUAGCUUGGGCCGAUGAGCUCAGGCGAAAGCUACGUCGUAUCAUUAACCAACCGGUUAAUAGGGGUCCGUGAAAUUGUUUCAACCCCGAAACCAAUUCACUCGGAAUUUUCAAAUGAACAAAUAUAACCGGUUUUAAUGAGGAUUCGAGAAGCACUGUAGUGAACCAGUUCGGUUUACAGUGGAGCAGAGAGUUAUGGGAAAAUUGGCCUCUCUGUAUAUAAAAAAACAAGAAGAAAAAAUGAAGAAGACUAACAGGAAUUCCAUUUUUUGUUUCUCUUUUUUUUUCAGACUAUUUUUAGCACAAUACAAAAUUAUUUGCUACAUUCAUUUGAGAGAAUUUGAAUAAGACUUUGAUCUUUACCUG